AUGGAUUUGUGUGAUGUUAUAACCUUUCCUGAUUUUAUUUCGUUCAAAUACAACGAUGUUCUAUAUAAAAUCGAAAAUGGCAAACUAUACUAUGACGUUGAUGGCUGCUGGGUCCCGGAUCUGUACGAGAAGCCCCUUAGUGUUUUUAACAGUUUCAUUCUGGCUAAUGGAUGGCAACUGAGCUCAACCACCGCCCACAUCUCCUCUUCUACAUCAUCCACAUCGCACGAUAAUCAAACGCUCGGCCAUCGAGUAGUAGGACGGGAGGCCUACUUCAAGUCAAUAAGCAGUCCAGUCAAAACCGCAAUUGACAAAGCAGACGACAUAUUGACGGCGAUAAGAAGUAAUGCAAUAAACGAGGAACCACCCCCGGCGACGUUUCAGCUAUUCGCGAAAACGUUCGAUGACAACGAAAACGCCUUUAGGGUAUUGCAAGCAAAUCUGGAAAAAAUUGGCAAGCGGUUCAAAAAAGGAUCGAAAGCUGAGGAAGUAUUUGAGAGAAAUCUUGCGUGGAUAAAUGUUGGUUAUGCGUACAACUAUCUAAGUCGCCAUCAGAAAAAGACAUCUGUAUACUGGAAUCGUUUCAAAGACGUUAAAGACAUCGACACUGUACGAAAAACUGCCAAAUCUGGUCAGCGCAUCUUGGAUGUGGGAGAUCUGGUGGGCUUUAGUAUAGUACUGAGAACUAAAAUUUCAAUUAAGCAAAUUGCAGAAAUCAGAGACGAUGAUUGGAAUGAUUAUCUCGAUUGUUGGAAACGAGAUCUCAUCAAUCGUUAUUUAAAUAAGAUUUAA